AUGUAUCCUGAACGUUUCAAAAAUGUUAAAAUUACUGGUGGAGUGGACGGUAGUGUUGGUUGUGUCAAGCUGUGGGACUAUUUUGCUGAAGGAGGGACUCUACAGAGCAUUGAACUGGUGGCUGAUAGAAUAGAUGAUAGAGAAAGAUCCAUAACUUACAAAGCCCAAGGAGGAAGUAUUAUUGGGGAGCAAGGCUAUACACAGUUUCAGUUCACAAUUGCUCCUCGCGUUGGGGUUGUCCGUUGGACUGUUCAUUAUGAGAAAGGUUCUAGUUCACAGAAGAAUCCAAGAGACGCUACUCGGUUCGCAGUUCAAGUAACUGAAAUGGUGGACUCUAGUCUUGUGUGA